AUGGCUUCAAGAAGCUCCUUAUCUAAAGAGUCCAGGCUUGCUCUCAAUCAUAUAACAUCUUUUCAGCUGAAUAUCAGUGAUGCCUAUUUAUCAAUGACCUUUGGUUACACUGAUGAUCUAGAGGUGCCUUAUUUUAUUCCAUUUUUUGAAGACCAAGUUAAAGUGAAGAAGGAACAUGCAAGGCAGUUCAUAAGAUUCCUGAAAUCUAGUGGAGCUAAAAUCUCCCUUCCAGUGAUUAAGAGACCCGAUAUACAAACCUGGGAAACUGGCAAACCAGCUAUCAAGACUGCUCUAGAUCUUGAAAAACAACUAGACUUGCUUCUCAAAGACCUCAACACAGUGGCUGAGAGGAAUGGUGAAGCUGAGGUCAACAACUUCCUGAGAGAAUUCUUGAUGAAACAAAAAAAUAACCUCAGCUACCUGGAUUUUCAACUUUCUUAUCAGCAGCAUAUAGAAGAGAAGGCCCAGGAGGAGGCAGAAGCAGAAGCAGAAGCAGAGCGUCAGCAACAAUAA